ACAUCGCCACUCCAUCUUACAUCUUGGCUGGUAUCUAAGCCGAGUAGAAGUUAUUCGCGACCAUUUAUAACGAUAUUUAACGGACACCUUUUAGUUCAAGCCCGUUUCAAGACGUAGAAUCCAUUCGAUACAGCCGAAAUGGCACAAUCUAUAGAGCCACUCCGCUCGCAGUCCUCGACAUCACUGUACAAGCUAUACAAUGGACCAAACGGCGGUAUCAACAGCAAUCAAAUUGCUGAAGAAGAAUUGCAAGAUCCGAGAUUGAAUUACUGCAAUGCUUUUUGGGGACCGGGGGAUAGAGGGUUCGAUGUUAUCAUGGCGAGACUGAGAGGAGCAGGGCGGACGGUUGAGGAAUUGAGAGCAUUCUGGAAGGAACGCGCUGCUAUUGAGGACGAGUACGCGAAAAAGCUUAACAAGCUGUCUCGUUUCUCCUUGGGUAAAGAUGAAAUUGGUGAUCUGGCAGAUUCUCUCCAACAUUUGCUCUCUGAAACAGCUCAGCAAGCAUCCUACCAUUCGUCAUUGAGUAACGAAAUACGCCAAACUGUGGAAAAUCCCUCGGCAGAACUGGGCAUGCGGAUGUCAAACUUGAAGAAGGGUCUUCAGGCAGCGGUGGAGAAAGCGCAUAAGAACAAGGGGUUGCAAGAAGGUCACGUACAAAAGGCCCGAGAUCGAUACGAGCAAGACUGUCUCAAGCUCAACUCUUACACCGCUCAAUCUUCACUCACUCAAGGCAAGGAAUUGGAGAAGUUGCAUACCAAAUUGGACCGAGUAAGGCAGACGAUUGGAUCGAACGAAAACGACUUUAGGCAAUUUGUGAAGGUAUUGGAAGUAACCCAUCAGAAGUGGGAGCAAGAAUGGAAGAACUUCUGUGACCAUGUACAAGACCUCGAAGAAGACAGAAUGGCGAUCACAAAAGAUCUUAUGUGGGUCUAUGCCAAUGCUGUGUCGCAAGUGUGCGUUGAAGACGACAGUUCAUGUGAGCGGAUUAGAGAGAAGCUUGAGCAGUUUGAGCCAAUCAACGACAUCGUUAACUUUGCCAAGGGAUGGGGUACUGGUGAUAUGAUUCCUGAUCCCCCUCGUUUCAUCAACUAUUCUGCCGGGGAAUCUUAUCCUACCCAAGCCACAUUUCAUGUCGCACAAUUUAUGCGAAUUUCGGCCAAGCCUCCUAUGCCAAUCGCCUCUCGCGAAUCGACUAGGGAAAUACAGCGAGAGCAGACUCCUGAACCGGAGCUGGAGCCGCAACCAACAACUGAGCCGCAGCCUGAGAUUGCAAAGGAGCGAGAGCAGCCAUCAGCCAAGUCGGGUGUCAAUGGUAUCUCUGAUGGUUUGAUUAGAACUACGCUGAAAGACGGACCAGUCUCCGCUCCAACUGCGCUUGAACCAGAAGCCCCCAAAGUUCCAUUCGGUGGAGUUGCCCUUCCCGGAAUGUCAGCCACCUCCCCUGCUUCUCAAGGCGACUCUUCAAAGUAUAACCCUACGCCUCCACCUCCUGUUCCGGCUAUCUUGACUAUGCCCGAGCCGCGUGUCCCCUCACGUCAAGGACCUCCUUCACCUAGGAAGAAUAUCAAUGACGAAGAAGACCCUAUGGCAAAGGCAUUGGCCGAUCUGCGUCGGGACCCUCCACCUCCUGGAAGCGUCAGGCGUAAUGCAUCUCACAGGCGAGCAGAGAGUGCGGUAUCUGCUGCUGGGUCUGUGAGAAGCAGCAUGUAUGGCCAUGGAAUCAAGUCUCCAGUUUCUCCUGCCCCUAACCGCAUGUCGUUCCAGCAGAAUGCUCCCGCCCAAUCACGAUCUCCACCUAUCGAUUCGACCCUCUCUCCUCCCCCUGGAGGCCAUACGGCCGCCGCUCUCGCCAAGUCCAUGGACGAAUUCCGACAACAAUCAUCCCGCGGACCUGAAAGCAAGCGCCAAAGCGUCAAUUACUCCAACUUCGCAGAUGAUGUUGUCGGCUCUCACCCUACCUCUCGACCUACUACGCCUUCCUUCCAUCCCGCCUCCCCUCGGGCACCUUCACCCGCGAUGAUGCAAGCUCCCAAACAGCCGGCGACCCAUAUUGCAGAUGAGGUCCUUUCGCAGUACCAUCAAGCCUUCCCUGGUGAACGUGAGACGAGAUCAAGGUCUCGUGCUGGCUCCAUCAUGUCCAAUGUUUCUAGAAACUCAUAUAUUGAGCAGCAACAGCAUCAACAAGCUCCCCCGUCACCUGGUGUUCAGCCUAGACGAGGGUUCGUUGGCAUAGGAGCUGGCAAUGCCGCACGGAGCCCGAGCCCGCAACCUCCUGUCUUCCAUUCACCGGAUCCUAGCCCUGUCAUAACUUCUGGUACAUUGGGGCCUCAAAAUUUGGGUAUCUCUUUGGAUGCCAAGGGUGGCGUGGCGCAGGACACUAUGGCGGAGCAGUAUAGGAGGCAAUAUCAGCAGCAACAGGCUCAAGCCCAAGCUCAGCAACCGGCUGCUCAGCCGACCCAAGUAACUGCUCCCCAGAUGGGCAGCUAUCCUGGACAACGAACUUCACAGUAUGGUGUCUCUGCGUCCGGCUCUUCCCCUACUCCUGCUGCUGCGCCCGCAGGCUACGGACCAGCUUACGGACAGCCUUCAGCAACUAAUUCUUCUGUUAUGGGUCCGCCGGCCAUCUCAGGCAAUAGACCAGUGUCGGGCUACGGACAGCAGCAACAACCUCCUUCUCAGCAGGCUUAUGCCUCUCAAGCGCAAUCUCAGGCUCCACAGGCUUUUAACCAAACUGCCCAGCCUGCAUACAAUCAGUACUCCUCUACCACUCAGCACCAACCUUCGCCAUACCUUCAACAGCAGAACCAGGCGCCUCAACCUAACUAUUCUCAGCGCCCUCCUUCUGUAUACGGACAAAGUAAUGCCUAUGGUGGACGCGGCCCAUCUCCUCAACCUCAGCCACCCGCUAUGCAACCAUCUCAGCAAUCAUAUCAGUCUGGUCAACCAUAUGGUCGUUCACUGAGCCCAUCCCCUGCGAUGGGGCAAGGAUAUGGGUACCAAGCUAGCCCACAACAGCCGCAAGGAUACGUACAACAACACCAACAGCAGAGAACGCCUAGUCCGCAGCCGAACCAGCCCCCGCCUAAUAUGGUCCCUACAGGACAAUGGUCGACUACCGGACUCCCUGUCAUGUUCUAUGUCAAGGCGCUUUAUGACUACAGUGCUCAAACUGCUGCCGAGUUUGAUUUCCAGGCAGGUGAUAUCAUUGCCGUCACUAGCACCCCAGAGGACGGAUGGUGGUCUGGAGAGUUGCUGGAUGAAGCUAGAAGGACGCCUGGAAGGACCGAUUUCCCCAGUAAUUUCGUGACGUUGUUCUAAGCAAUGAUCUAAUGUUAAUUUCUUGAUGAAAUGAUGAUUGCAUAUAUAGCCAGACCUGUUUACGGAGUGUGGCUGUUUAACGUCGUUUUGCGACCGUGGUUAUAGUACGAUAGGAGACAUUACGAGUCCUGUAUUCCUGACACCCAAGUGAAUAAUGUAUACAUGAGUCCACAAUCGAAC